GGCACAACGUAUCAAUCGUAGGUAUGCUACUUCAAUUCACUGGCAUCUGAUCUGAUCUCGUCUGGACCAUCCCACCAAGGACAACCACAACAAAUGCUACCAGAUUUCUCAGCAACGCGACAGUCCCGUCGCUCAUACAACUGCUGUCAAGUGCCAUUGCGGAUACGUAUCUGACAGUGUCUCUGUGCUGGAUUCUCCGUGGUUCUGGAAGUGGGCUUCCUAACACCGCUGGGAUAGUGUCGCAGCUGACACUGUAUGCCAUCAAUCGUGGCGCCCUCACUUCGUCAGUGACUAUCUACUGUGUCAACGGUGGUAUGACUCGGAGCCUUACGUGCCGCGGCAGGGUUACACAGCUGCUGUCAUUUGGCACCUACUUCAUUGAGCUCUACCAAGGGUCAUACAUCAUCGACAUCUUCGACAUUCCUGGAAGCGCACUGUACGUCAACUCACUGCUCGCUGUACUGAAUGUACGCCGACAUAUACGAGAGACUCUACACGUCUAUUCCGAUUUUGAGCUCAACGGCUCAGCUGGCGACUCGGGCCACCAGCCUUCGGUGCGCAAUUCGCUACGAGCGACAGAGAUGUGAUUUGGGUUGCCAAUGGUACACUAGAUGCGGUCUGACAAACUCAGCGAUGUCAAUCUAACUUGUGCACAUUGAAUGAACGGCUAAAGACACCGACUCCUUCUCGCUGGGAGACUUUCUGUGCGCUGUCUAACUUAUUUCAU